AUGGAGUCGAACAUAAUCCAGCCAAGUGCAUUUACCACCAACUACCUGCUUCCUGGUCUGAAAAAGCCGACUGGAUCAUCUGUCAAAGAAGACCUAUCAGAUCGCAUUGGUCUACUUGAGCUCUUUUGCGGCGAGGCCAAGCUUAAAUCAACCAGCUUGAGAAGGUGUCACUUGAUCACUCGACUUGCAGCACACAAGAUGCCCAAGCCUAAACGAAGCAUUAAUGCUGUCGCAGAGGAAACUUUGACACCGCCAGCUACACUUCCCGAGCAGCAUCAAAUAGCUCAACUGAAACAUGCUGCUGGCAAGAAUCUUUACCAUGUCGAGGUCUCGGACAAACAGACAUUUCUCGCUGAGCUAAACCAGAAGUUCCGAUCCACGAUUUGGCUGAAGCGAGGCUGCUACGUCGUGGUUGAUACGGCAGCUCUGGCGAAUCGAGAAAACAAGCUCGGUGGCGAGAUUGUAAAUGUUGUGGGCGAUGAGAAGGCUUGGCGAAAGAUGCUAUACUGGCCCACGAACUUCGUCCCGAGGCGAUCUGCCUAUGGUGAUGAGUCCGAGGACGAAGGGCCGCAGAUGCCGCCAUCGGACGAUGAAGACGAGGGUUGA